CUAUUAUUGAAUAUUGAUACAGUCUCAUGAGUAUCUUCAAUUGAGAUCACUCAAAUUUAAUCAUGAAUAUUGUUGGGACCUCAUGGAUAAUCAAUAAUUGCGAUUAUUGAAAAUGAAUGUCAUAUCAUUAUCUUCAAUUUCACCUAUUUACAGGAGAAAUAGUAUACUGAGAAGGAGAGUUAACCCAUAUUUUAAGGGAUUAAUAAGAGAACAAAAGCAUACGCAUGUACGUACAUGCAUGCAUGCAAUUUCUCCAUCCAUCUCUUCCGAUAGCUUCCAUUUCCCUAAUAAAAAAAUUUCAUUGAUCUUCUUCUAUCUGAUUUCCUGGCACUUACAUACUCGCCGUUAGCUAGCUUGAAUUCCCCUCCUUUCCAUCAUCUUCGUGGCUAGCUAGCGUGCGUAGGGUACCUCCGGCCCGAGGACCGACCGACAACCUUCCCUUCCAAUCCCAUCCUCUUCUCAUCAAUUCAUUAUAGUUUGUUUCCCCUCUAGGUAAUAAUCAUCAUAUAUUCAUAUCUAUUUGGGCUGGCUGGUUUUGAUCUCACCAGGCAUGUUCAUGUUCAUGCCAUAUCAUGAAUGCAAAUGUGGAGCAUAUGUAUAAUGUAUGUAUAUAGCUAGGCGUAUGAUUUGAUGUCGAAUGCUAUCGAAGUAGCAUCGUGGUGCGGGGAAAUCAUCUUGUUGGAAUUGGCCCCAACACCGGAACAUCAAUCCGGUAGAGGAGAAACGGCAGCCACCGCUGCCGCCAUAUCAAGAUAUGAACUGUUUCCCCUGUUUUCAAAAGAAAGAAGAUGACAUUGAUAAGGAGCAGUCGGAGCAGCUUCCUGUUGCUCAACCAAGAGAGCUUCUCCUCCCCUCCCCUCCCCGCCCUGUUCCGUCUCUUAACAAGGGUACGUGCAGAACCGUAACUAGGAUGAGAUAUAUUUAGUUGGGCCGGUCUACAGAGUACAAAAUAUUUUUGAAUAAAUUUAUAUGUGCAUAUGUAUAUGCAUUGCAUGCACCAUGCAAACAAACAAAUCUAGAGUCACAUUUAUAUGAGAAAAUUAAAAGGAAUAUGACUAACAAAUUAUUAUUCCUAAAUUAAUUGGGAUUUGGAUGUAUGGUAUGUGUUUCAUACUACUUUUCUCUCUUCAAUUUACAAAUUAUUACUCAUAUACAGACAUGUUUAUGUUUUUAGUCACAUACUCGUAUUAGAAAUCUAUAAAUAUUUUAGUCGAAUUUACAUAAAUUUCCGUAUUUAUAUCUAUAGAAAUUGGCAAACUGUAUAGGUUUAGAUCUUAGGGCAAACAUUUAGGGCAAGUUCGAACGAAAAACAUUCUUUUACCAAAAAAUGUGGGAAGAUGGUUUUUAAGUAGUUGCUCAUGAUAUGAAUAUAACAUAGAAAAACUUCAAAUUAAAAUAGGAUGCUGAAAGUUAAUUUCGAUGGAGGAUACUUUGAUUUGCUCACUUAGUUCCAUAAAUUAUGCUUGUGAACAUUAUAAGUUCUAUAUAUUUACUCAAUUGCAUAGUAUCUCCUGUAAUGAAUGAAUUUUCUACAUUAGGAACACUUAAUUAUGUUGGGAUGUGUAAACAGAAAAGCUCACAAGAACAUAUGUUGCCGAUAUUGAGUUCUCGACAGGAAGUGUACAUUAAAUUCUGAUACAAAUGAAGUUAGACAACUAAUAAUUAAUGACCAUAUGCUUAUGUUAUGACACUAAAUCUGAUUUUUUAUAAUAGUAUAUAAAUGAUGUUCCACAUGUAAUAUAUGACUAAUAAGAGUGUUUAAGGUUAUUUCAUAAUGCAAGAUUGGUAAAAAAUAUGUGAGAUUUCUGGCCAGUGCCAUUUUUGUUUGGAAAGAAGGGGAACCAUAUGUAUUUUUACUUGCAUAAAUUGAGGUAACAAACACUAUAUAAUAUGUGUAGUGAAUGGACCACCAGUUUUAUUUAUUUAUAAUAUCGUUAUCCGAAUUCAGUAACGUAAUGAUGCAAUUAUACCAGCACAUGGAUAAAAAUCAAAUUAAUUAUUACAAGGGCUGGUUAAUCACAGUACAUGCAUGCAUAUAUGGCUGCAGAAUGUAGUACGACAACACCACCGGAAGUGAUUCCUCCACCCGCUGUUUUAGACAACAACAAGCAGCAGGCAGUAGACAAAGGGAGCGUAGAAAGUGGAAAUUCCAACGCCAAGACUUUCACUUUCCGGGAGCUUGCGAGUGCAACAAAGAACUUCCGGCAAGAAUGCCUCAUAGGUGAAGGUGGAUUUGGAAAAGUAUUUAAAGGAACACUUCCAAAUGGGGAGGUAUAUUUAGCUAAUUCAAACCUAGUAAUCAAACCAUUUCCCUAAUAGCUAAAUAGCUAAUUCAAUACAGCAAUACGACCAAUGUUGGGUCUAUCUUCUAUCUCCUUCAAUGUUGCGCUCCAAUCCGAUCCAGGAUUAAAACUUUUAAGUCUAGAUCAAUUGGGCAACGCAAUCAAUAUUUCAUUUUAUGAAAAAAAUCUUGCAGUGUAUCUAAGCAUAAAAUUAAGAGAAAAUUAAGUGAAAGCAAGACUCCUAACUUAUACUCGGCCAAAUGAGGCUCUGUUACUAACUAUAUUAAGCUUUGAGACUACAUCAUAAACAUUAUCUCUGACAAGUUUAAGAUCUUACAUCUCUGUAGCUAAACAUCCCUCUAAAUGCAGGUGGUUACUGUUAAGCGGCUUGAUAGGACAGGAGCACAUAACAGUAAGGAGUUCUCUGUAGAAGUGCUGGUCUUAACCCUUCUUAACCAUCCUAAUCUUCUGAACCUUAUUGGCUAUUGCGCUGAUGGAGAACAAAGACUUUUGGUCUAUGAAUACAUGCCAAUUGGUUGUCUCCAAACCCAUCUUUUUGGUGAGUAGUAAAUAGAAUACGGAGUUUAAGUUUAAGGUGUACAGACUUCUGGACAUCAUAUUAUUUGUUUUUAACUUUGGCUUCAUUUGUGUAACAAUUGCAGACAUUCCAGAGCAUAAAGAGCCACUGAAUUGGUCGACUAGAAUGAAAAUAGCCUCUGGAAUAGCCCAAGGACUAGAAUAUUUGCACGAAAAGGCCAACCCUCCCAUCAUAUAUAGAGAUUUGAAAUCUUCAGCCAUUUUGUUGGACGAAGAUUAUAAUCCUAAGCUUUCUGAUUAUGGUCUUGCUAAGCUUGAGGGGGGAGGGGGAAGCAAUACACUCUUAAAACCAAGGGUUAUGGGAACCGGUUAUUGUGCGCCAGAGUACGAAAGAACCGGCGAGCUCACUUUGAAGUCUGAUGUUUACAGUUUUGGUGUGGUUUUGGUUGAGCUCAUUUCAGGCCGCCAAGCCGUGGACACCGCAAGACCAAUAGAUCAACAAAAUUUAGUGGAGUGGGUAAGUAAUAAAAAUUAAAUUUAAUGCUAAAUUUCAUAAACUAUAUGGGCAUGUUUGGAGUUUGGAAUUGAUUGUGCUUAGGCUUCUUUUUUAAGUAGAAAUAGAAUCAAAAUUGGUUUUACAGAAUACUUUUGAACUUUGAGCCAAAUAAUCCUACCUAAUGGAGGAGAAGCAAUUUUGAGAAGAUAGAAACACCAAAUUUAAUGAUUGAUUGCGAGUUAUCGCUUCAAUAGAACAAAAGUAAACUAACAAUGCAAAAUGACUUUGAUUUACCUACAGGCACGACCCAUUUUCAGGGAUCCAAAAAGGUUCCCAGAAAUGGCAGAUCCACUUAUGAAGAACGCAUUUCCAAUGACAAGUUUGAACCAAGCAGUAGGUGUCGCCGCCAUGUGCCUCCAAGAAGAAGCAUCAGUACGCCCUCUGUUCGGUGACGUCGUCGCUGCUCUUAGUUUCCUAGCAGCGGCUCCAAUAGAAGAACCGUCAGUCCCCGUUGCACCGCUUCCGGACCAGACCCAACCAUCACCGGAGAAUCCAAAUGAAAAUACAUCCGACAGCGACAGUAGCGAUGAUGAGGACCAAAACAGUGAAAACAGUUCCUCUUCCUCGGAUCAAAGUGAGGAUGAAGGAGAAGGAGAGGAAUCAGAGUCCAGAAGAGGCAAUUCUAAAAGGAUAAACUCAAGAUCAAGUAGCAUCAGAAGCAAUUCAUCAUCCUCAGAUGAUGGAAAUGCAUCAUCAGAUGAUGGAAAUGCAAGUGAUGGUUUGAGCCCAAGGCGGAGCAGAACCGCCUACAAAGACGACCAAGAGAGCGAUUCCAUCAACUGGAGAAAUGACAGAAUCUCAGAUGCCGAUGAAGACGUCGGCGACAUGAGCUUCUGUUACAGCGUUAAUGCCAGUAUGAAUUUGAGAUCCAGCAGUAUUGCGGAAUCAGAUGAUGGGAGGAGUAUGAGAUCCAGUUUAAGGAAGGAAGGCAGUAUGAAAUCUGAGAAUCAGAAUUUUGGUUCAUACUCGUCAACAAGCAGCGAUGAAGAACUAGAUGAAGAUAAAGCUUGGCAUUGAUUAUAUGUAUCCAUUUUCUGUAAUUUUGGUGAACCAUCAAGGAAAUGUGCAUAUCCAUUUUGGUGAUUCAAUUACUUAAAUGUUU